AUGGACUCCUCAAACUCAUACAUGUUGUCACCACAGGCCACCAGAAGCCAGACCAGCAGUCCGGUUGUGGGAGGCAUGACUGAAGGAAAGACUCAGAACGGGACAUCACUAUGGAACGCUUCGGUCCGGGCGCAAACCGGGAGUGACGAGUUCGAGCACUAUGCCUUCCACAGCACCGCAGGCUCCUCCUCAGCAGCACCUCAUACAAGUGGUCACGGGGGACUUACACAACAGUCCAUGUCCAGCCAGUCAUCACCCCGCAGCUGGAGUUCACCAGACCAUCACUUUCGUCCGGUUUCUGCCUCAGGUUCUGGCUCGGGCUCUUCUUCGUGGGGUUCCUACCCGGCGGAGCAGCAGUCGUCAUACCCCGGGGCCGUUGCUGGCAGGCAGAACACCCCACAGAUUUCAUCCAAGACCCUGUCGAGAGAGAACUUGUUCCAGAGCAACAAUCACCACGCCUCGACAGCAACUUCCUAUCCUUCCACCGGUUCCUUCUACCACCAGUACCCCACCCAUAACAGCAUCUCCUCGCUUUCCCAAGAACCCAGCUACCCUCCUUCCCCUUGCAGUUCCAUUCCCAACAACUUCAAGCUCGACUGCGACUCAGACAUGUUCAGCACCGCCCCCGCCUCCGAGGCCGGCGAUGACUUUCUAGUCAGCAGCCAAUAUCCUUCUUGCAACCUUCUCGGUGACAGCAGCAUGAGUGGCAUGAGCAGCGGCGUGUCCAGCCCAGUCUCUCCCUUGAAUGCGCUUGAUAGCACCCCGACUACUACCCUCCCCGGCAACAGCAAGGCCGAGCUGCCCUAUGCGCAGCUUAUCUACAAGGCAUUCAUGAGCACCCCCAACAAGGCCAUGACGCUGCAGGACAUCUACCAGUGGUUCCGCGAGAACACCGAGAAGGGCAAUAGUGACACGAAAGGGUGGCAGAACAGCAUCCGUCACAAUUUGUCCAUGAACCAUGCGUUCACCAAACGGGAGCGCAAGCCCGAAGGCAGCACCACCGCCGACGAAGACAACGCUGCUUCCACAGACGCCAACAACAGUGACAGCAAGAAGACCACUGAAUGGUACCUCGAGCCUUGGGCCAUCAAAGGCGGCGUCCAGUCCACCACCCGCUACCGCAAGGGCAACCACGCUUCGCGACGGGCUGCGGCGGCCUCAGCUUGCAAUGCCUCCCGCCGCCACAUGAAGGAUGGCAAGUACGAUCUCUACAGCACCGGCAUGUCCACUCGCUCUUCCUCUUCGCUUGCCAACCGCAACAAGAUCUCCAAGUCUGUUGGCAACCGCGGCACGCUUCGCAGCAAUGGAACCGCUCCGUUGCAGAUGCACUACUAUGGCCACCACAUGCCUCAACAACACCACUACGGAGUCAGCAUGGUCACUUCCGCCCCGGAGCAGCACUACAACCCAUACAUGUCUCCAGUCUCAGCAAGGCCGACGGCGGUGACACACGGUCUGCCCGAUAUGAUGUCUGCCACAUGUACCUCUGCUCUCGCGGACUACUACGAAUCCUACACGGAUCCUGCCAUCCUCGCUUCUUCGCUCGAGCAGCAACAGCAACAGCAACAGCAACAGCAGCAAGCUCAGGCCCAAAGGGAGGCGUCUGAGCCCAUGUCCAUUGUGGGGAUCAACGAGCCCAUCACUCCCGAAGCAAGCUUUGGCAGCCCUCCGCUCACCACCAGCAGUAGUAGCGCGAGUUACUAUCCCAGCCCGGAGGAUCAUACCAUGAACUUUGCCAGUGCUGCUGCUCAUCACGGGCACGCCGGCUAUCAUCAGCCUCAAGUCUACCAGGACGAUACGUCCCGGUAUCCCCAUCAUCAUCACAACGGUUGGGAACAUCAUGCCCAGAGCGUGGCGGUUCCGGCUACGGGGAUGAUGUAUGGGCAUUACGCAUAG